UUAUAACAAAAAAAAAAAAGAAAAUAUUUUUUUACAACGGCACAAACAUUUUAAAUGAAUUAUGUUAAAAGUUUUAAUUAAUUUGCUUAUACUAUUUAUAAGCUCUGUGGUACUUAUUGAAGCUAGAAAAAAUGACUUAGUAGGAGCUAAAGAAACUCUUAUACAUGGACAUGGCUUAAAACCAGAUGAGGUUGUAUUGCCGGCAAGAUACUUUUUCAUACACGCCAGUUCUCCGGAGGGUGUACUGUUCGACGAAUCACCACCUUUGAAAUUUGAAGUACAAAUUGUGGGCAACUCGGCCCACGGUCGUUGUAGAUCUCAAGUGGAUGUUAUAGAUCGUGGAGAUGGUACAUUUUGGGCACGUUACAAAAUCAUCGACAAUUGGUGUGACAGUGUUGAAAUUCAUGUGCGCUACAAUGGUUCACAUGUGGCCAAAUCACCUUACUACAUUUGGAAUAGAGUGUAUUCGGAAAAAUGUUAUUGCCCCACUGAACUCAAUCUAUGGAUGAUCAACAAUGAGUGUAAAUCGGCCUCGCAAGAACAACAAAUAGUCUCGGAUUUACAUUCAUUUAAGCGUGUAAACUUUAGCCUAAUACGUGAUAAUCUAGUUAAACGCUACAAUCAACCCGAAAGCAUUUCAUUGUGCCAUUACAUUGUGAAAAAUCAGCAAAUAUGGCGCAAAUGCUAUGGAAAAUAUGAUGGUUUUAAGAUGUUUAUGGAUGCCACACUACUGGCAUUGGGUCGUGUGGUGCAACUGCCCGAUAUGGAAUUCUUUUUGAAUCUUGGCGAUUGGCCGCUGUCGAAAAAGGGUGGCCAACAAAGGACUUCUGGACCCUAUCCCAUAUUUUCGUGGUCCGGUAGUAAUGAUUCUCAUGACAUUGUCUUGCCUACAUACGAUAUAACCGAAUCAACAUUGGGCAUUAUGGAGAGAGUAACAUUGGAUAUGUUAUCGGUUCAGCGUAGUAAAUAUCUUUGGGAUGAUAAGAUUGAUAAAUUAUUUUGGCGAGGUCGUGAUUCGCGACGUGAGCGUUUGGAUUUAAUUGAUUUUGCAAGACAACGUCCAGAUCUAAUAGAUGCUGCCAUAACGAACUUUUUCUUCUUUCGUGAUGAUGAACAAAAAUACGGACCUAGAGUGGAUCACAUAAGUUUUAUGGAGUUUUUUAAGUACAAAUUUCAAUUCAACAUAGACGGUACGGUGGCCUCAUAUCGUUUGCCUUAUCUUUUGGGCGGCGGUUCAGCGGUCUUUAAACAAACCUCGCCAUACUACGAGCAUUUCUAUAGUAAACUACAGCCCUAUGAACACUAUAUACCGGUUAAACGAGACCUGAGUGAUUUAAUCGAGAACAUUGAAUGGGCUAAGGAUGAAAAAAACCAAAAACAAGUCAAGGAAAUUGCAUUAAAAUCUAGAGAAUUUGCCGUUAACAAUUUAUUGCCCCGUAAUAUAUAUUGUUAUCAUAUGGCUUUAUUUAAAGAGUGGAGCCAACGUUUAGUGUCACCAAUAAAUGUAUUGCCGGGUAUGGAAAGAGUACGAGAAAAAAAUGCUUGCUCUUGCAAAGAUACUCAUGUUAAAGAUGAGCUUUAAACUUUUAGUAUUUUCGUCGCAUUUACAAUAAAUAUUGUAGUAUUUUAUGUAUGUAUGUAUGUGAUUAAGGAAACUGCACCCAACCAGUCAUAUUUUUUUAAUUUAAAUUAUAUUUUGCACCCACUUAUACACUUUUGACAUUCAUACACCCCCAUUUAAUGUGUAAUAAUAAACAUUUACAAGAAUCUCAUAUAGACAUUUUAUAAUAAAAAAAUGUGAAAACAACUUUAAAGAAAA